UUGGAAGAGGAUUACCGCACCUACUUCAGUUCUGGUCCACACACGAUUUGCCUGUAGAGUUUUUUUCCACACUUUUUUUUUUAGUUAAUUUUAUGGUUUUUCUUCUCAGCCAUUCUUUUUUUUUUUUUUACAAUCGAUUCUUUCUCCAUUUCUCUCAUGAACAAUUCUCUUUUUAAACUCUAAACUUCAAUUCUAGUGUAUUUCAUGUUUCUUCUUCUAGACUUGCACCUACUUCACUUCCGGUCCACACACGCUUCUGGUCCACACAUGCUUGCCUGUAGAAUUUUCAAUUUUUAUUCUCUUUUUCCUUUUCCUCUCAUCUCUGAACAAUUCUCAUCUAAACUCUAAACAAUUCUCAUUUAAAAAUAAAUUCAAGAAAGCAAGAUCAGCAACAAAAAAAAGGUCAAUGGAGAAAGAAAAGAAGAGGUUUGUGCUUGUCCACGGGGUAUGCCAUGGGGCAUGGUGUUGGUACAAGAUAAUACCACAUCUCGAGGCUGCCGGUCACAGCGUGGUUGCAGUGGACCUCGCUGCGUCGGGGAUUAGCACGAUCAAAGUGGAAGAGAUCCAGAGCUUAGAAGAUUACUCCAAACCCUUGCUUGAGCUUCUCAGCUCGUACGAUGAAGAACAACAAGUGAUUAUUGUUGCUCAUAGCAUGGGAGGCAUUACGGCUGCUCUCGCUGCCGACAUCUCCCCUCGUAAGAUCGCUGCUAUUGUCUUCGUGACAGCUACUAUGCCCGACAUCACGAACCCUCCUGCUUACCCUUUCGAAAAGUUCGUCCCUAACAUUCCACAAGAAGAGUUGUUGGACACUGUGUUCCGUAGCUACGGAUCUUUACAUACUAUUCUUUUCGGACCAGAGUUCAUGGCCAAGAAACUAUAUCAACACUCUUCGGUCCAAGAUCUUCAAUUGGCCAAGUUGCUGGCUAGGGAAAGUCCUGCGUUAGCUACUGACAAUCUUGCAGGGACAACAAGCUUUAGUGAGGAAGGGUAUGGAUCGGUUACACGUAUUUAUAUUAUCUGCGGGGAGGAUAAUUUAAUAGGUGAGGAGUACCAGCGUUUGAUAAUCAACAACUUUAAACCAAAACAAGUAAUGGAGAUCGAAGAUGCAGAUCAUAUGGCAAUGUUAUCCAAGCCUCAAGAACUCUGUGCUUGUCUCUUAGAAAUUGCAGAUAAAUAUGCAUAAAUCAAGACAACCGAAGCUAUAUUAGAAUAUAUCUUUCAAUAACACAUAAAUCAAGGGCUGAACAGGUUGCAAACUCUCAUAUACAUAUGUUUCAAUGUAAUCCAAGCAUCAAGAAAUAUGUGUUUGUCUCUUAGAAUAGCAGAUAAAUGUACAUAAAUCAAGGGCACAUGCUAUAUGAGAAUCUGUUAAUGAAUUUGCAUCGAUUGGUUAACAGUGUCAGGGGAUGCAAACACUCGAUUGUUUCAGUAUCUUGCAAGUAGUUUUUUUAUUCAA